UUGGUUCAGUCCUCUCUCCAGCUGAUCGGCCCAGGAAUCCCCGGUGGUUCCGUCCGUCAUCGGCUUUGACGGCUCCGAUGUUACACUCUCCCUUUAGGCUGUUUUAAUCCAAUGGACUUUGUGGCCGCCCGUGUCGGCAAACUGCUCCUCGUCUGGUGUAUUUUGGAUGAUCUAAACGGGCUCUUUGCGUCUUGUCCAAACGCGGGGAUUUAGAGGCGAAUUAAAGGCCCUAUCUUCCAUCCCCGCAUUCACCUGCUGCUACACCGACAGCCUCAACACGGAAGACCGUCAUGGGGGACACGGGGAGCGAGGGUAGCAAACCUUCGAGUAACGUGAACGUCGUACCCCCGCGUUGUCCCUGUGGCUUCUGGGGGUCGAGCAAAACUAUGAAUUUGUGCUCCAAAUGUUUUGCAGAUAUCCAGAAGAAACAGCCAGAUGGUGCCUCAAAAACCUCUUCAAGCUCCAGCAGUAGUAGCAACAGCAGCAGCAGCAGCAGUAGUAGCAGCCAAGCAGACGUCUUCUGCAGUGAAACAAAUCCAAACAUCAUAUCGAUGUCAGACAGUUCAGAAGCUCCUAUGCCGGGAGACACAGCAGUGACCUCUCUACCUGCUCAGGACGAAGUAUGCAGCACAGACACAGCCUUAUCCUCGCGCUCCACUCCAACAAAACGCUCCUUUGAAUCAGCCUCAGAGUCAGAAAGUGACAGUUCCCCUGAGAAGCGAGCAAGAGUGGGUGAAGUGCCGGGGGCUGAGGAGUCGUCGUCAUUGUCGUCAUCGUCAUCAACUUGUUCUGCGUCCUCAUCAUCAUCAUCCUUGGCAUCGUUGUCUCGUAGUAGCUCCAAACAACGGAACCGCAAACGUUGCCAUCGCUGCCAAACCAAACUGGAGCUGGUGCAACAAGAGCUGGGAUCCUGUCGCUGUGGUUAUGUCUUUUGUAUGCUUCAUCGACUCCCGGAGCAACACGACUGUCUGUUUGAUCACCUGGGCCGUGGCCGCCAGGAGGCCGUCCUCAAAAUGGUCAAGCUGGACCGCAAGGUGGGCCGCUCCUGCCAGCGCAUUGGAGAAGAAUGCUCCUGAGUACCCCCUGCCUCUCAUCUAAACCUCCACUCAUAAACCCUCGCAGGGAUUUUUUUUUCUUUCUUUUGUACAGGUUUUCAUUCAAAAGGAUGCCUGCUUGCUCUUUUUAAAUCCUAUUUGUCCCAGACGCAUUGUGCUACUGUUGGCUUGAUUGUAUCCCUGCUGCUGACAUGCUUUUGGAAAACCCCAAUCCACAAACAAGAGCUCCGGAGAGAGCAAGAAGGACACUGUGACUUCCUUCCCACCCCCCCAAGACUUUACAUGUGAGUGGACUAACAGAUGAGCAGAUGGAUUGGGAGGGCACACAAGCUUUAUACAAAUGUUCCUCCAGGAAGCCAGUUUCAGAUGAUACCUCAAGUAAAAAAAAAAAAAAAAAAGACAAUAUGAUGAAGAGGAGGAGGGUGGUGUCACCGUUUUAAGCCUCGUUACCUCAAGAAAUAACCAUCCACAGCCGGAAGCGAGACAAGCAAACUCAGUGUCUUAUCCUCUAAUAAUAUUCACCAACUAGUUCAUCAUCCACCUCAGGAUAAGGAAGCCCUAUCUGGCCCUCUGUUUUUCCAUCCAGGAAUUUUCCCGCUGAGGAUAAAGAAAAAAAUUGAGAGAGUCAACCUUGGGGAUUUUGACUGACAAACACUCAACAUCAACGUCGUUGUUUCAUACAAAAGAUCUAUCACCAAUUUUUGUGAGUUUUUUUUUUGUUUGUGCAAAAAGACUAAAUAUAAGACGAUACAUGUUUUUCCUUAAGGUUAUCGUCUCUGUCCAAUGAAAAGCAUUACAGUAGAUCCUCGCUGUUUGUCGGAGUUGCCUUCUGACACCACCUGCGAAUUGCAAAUAAUUACAAAUUAUAAAAAAUGUCUAUAAUUGGCACUUUGAUAGAGACUUGCUGCAUUAAAAUUAUAAGCUAAAAUUCAACUCUGAACCCCCAAUGUCACAACAUACACAAGCACGAGUCUUAUUGAUGUCUUAAUUCCAAGUGUAAAGUUGACUAUAUAGUAUCAUUUGCACAAAUUAUUACCGGCAUAGGAUGAAUGGGAUGUGUUUUCUGUGAACAAAACACCUAUUUUCGGACAGAAAGAGCACGUUUGGGUGGGUGAGAAAAUAUUUUCGCUAGAUUGCGGGAAUGUGAAUGAACAUGCGUUGAACCACUGUAUACAUUUUUUUGUUUUCUGUUUGAAUUCAAAACAAAAACAUGAGGAAAUGUAUAUUUUUCAUUGGAUAGUGACGAGAAAUCUUCAUUUUUGCAUUUUCCCCGUCACCCUUUUUCAUCAUAGGUAGAUUAUAUAUAUAUUUUUGUUUCAUGACAGUUUGCAUUGUACUCAUCACAUAACAUAUUGAUACUUUUGUAAAUACACAUUGCCGCUACAUGGACUAAAGUUGAGAUUUUUCCAUUCAGCGGCUGGUGGUGGGUUGAGGGUUGUUUGGAUUUUCUUUUUUUUUUUUAAGCUAAGCCUAGGUCAUAACCGUUCGUACAGGCUCCUACGGUGUGCAAAUAAAACACAAGAAAUGCACAGAGAGUGCACAUGUGACGUGCUGAUUUUUGAGUCGUAGACUGGCCACAGAGGUUCUUUGUCUUGUCAAAUCAACUCUACGGGUGCUACUCCAUGUGCGUCGCGAUCUUACUCCAUCAUGGGCACCACAGCUACCGUAUUUUCUGGACUAUAAGUCGCUCUGGAGUAUAAGUUGCACAAGGCCAAAAAUGCAUAAUUCGGUGGAAAAAACAUACAUAAGUCACACUGGAGUAUAAGUCACAUUUUUUGCGGGUAAUUUAUUUUACAAACUACUUGACCAAAACAGACAUUAAGUCUUCUUGGAAGGCAAGUUCUAACAAAAAAAAAUAGAGAACAGGCUGAAUAGGUGUAAGAUAUGCUAACACAAUGGUUAUUCAGCUCCACAAAAAAUAAACAUGAACAGAAUAUGUGUCCAGUAUUUAUGUAAUAUAAACACUUUUUUUCAUUUAGAAGUUGCUCUGGAGUAUAAGUCGCAGGAACAGCCAACCUAUGAAAAAAAGUGAGACUUAUAGUACGGAAAAUAUGGUAAGUUCUCAAAAAAAAAGAUUUGGGAAUGCCAAAAAUCGCACGGCCAAAAAAAUGUACGUUGGGUUGUGACCUCGGUUUUUGUAAUCCAUCUUUUUAAAGGUAAAUCUUGGGUUUCCUUUCCUCCUCCAGGUACUUAACCGAUCCUUGACAUUUGCCAAUGUUUGCUAAUCAUGACGACACACACGUUCUGUUCUAAUUGAUUGCUAAUUUUCAGUUAGUCACCCUCUUUGGUCCCUCUCCUCUCUAAGAUGAAGUGAGCAGUGACUAAAUAAAUCCUCCUGAGUGGAAAGUAAAAAAAAGAGGAACAAUUUCCAAAUGUUAAUUGUAGAGAAUCGAACAAGAGUUUAAUUGUAAAGAAAUCAUUUAUUUAACCUUUUUUCUUUUUUGCCUUUUCAGAUUGACUUACACUUAAGUGUAGAGCUGUGUAAUUCUGUUGUAAUACGUUAUACAGUACUUAUUAUCGAGGGAUAAAGAACACAUACAAAUUGUUAUUUUUUUGGAUGUUACCAUGGUUUUCUUUCAUCCUGAUUUUCUUUUACUGAGAAUAAAACAAGAUUAGACAGUU